AUGCCUGAAGUUAUCGCCCAUAGGGGAUUUAAACGAUUAUAUCCGGAAAAUACCUUGCUCGCCUUCACGCAAGCCAGGAACGCCGGUGCCACCACCAUCGAAUUGGACUUGCAAUUGACCAAGGACAACCAGAUUGUCAUUUGUCAUGAUUCCACCACCGACAGGGUCUUUGAUAAAUCUGUCAAUAUCCAUAAUUCCACAUUUGCCGAGGUGAUGCAAUUAAGAACUUUGAAAGAACCGCACGAGUCGAUGCCAAGUUUGGCCAAUCUUUUGAACUGGAUACAAAAACCAGAGAAUCAUGGGUUGAAAUUAAUGUUUGACAUUAAACGGUUCAAUCGUAUGGAGAUCUUGAGUAUUUUACAACAACAAUUACUCGACACUGAGCCACAGGGUUGUCAGACCGAUGAUGAGAAGUUGAAGUUUUGGGGAUCGAAGUUGAUCAUUGGGUUGUGGAAUUUGCCACAAUAUUCGUACACGGUGGACCAUCACUUGUUUGAAAAUUUUGAAAAGGCGAUUAUUACAUUUAGUAUUGGAGAAGCCCUCAAGAUUUUAAAAGUUAGCGAUCAGCAAGAUCCAAAAGACCAACUCAAAGGGAUUUCACUAUUGCAUGUUGCAACUUGGGAUAAAGGCUUAUUUAAGAAUAUUGGAUCGAUGGGAUUAUACCAAAAGAACCACGCUGCUGUUUCGCCGUUGAAGUAUUUCUUUUUGAACUACGUGGUGCCUCAAAAAGUCAAGUUUUAUGUGUGGACCGUCAACAACAGUGCCGAUAUGGAUUGGUGUUUGAAUUUCCCGUUCAUCGCGGGAAUCAUUGGUGAUAACCCCGAUAUCCUUGCGGAAAAAGUCAAGGUGUUAUCCGAUGUGGCCCCUGAACCAGUGGAUGAUGAUCAAAGACGGUUGGAAUAUUUCAAAUCUAAGCUUGCGAUGUUGUACAAGUUAAGACCGUGGUUCUUUACAAAAUUGGCGAUUAGACGGAUGCUAUUUCUUAGGUUGUAUAAACUUUGCUUGUUUAUCUUCUCGUGGAAACUCCAAGAAGUCAACGUUUUGUGGAGAUGGAAUGUUGGCAAACUUCUUUUUGAUUUCAAUAAAGCGGUUGGGUUGGUAUAA